AUGAAAACGUGUCUUGCAGUUGCUGAGACAGUUUGGAAAGACAUCGAGGCCACUCGCUCUGUCACCAACGAUCAGCUGGCAAUAAUGCAUUUUUUGUUCGGGAAAAAUUUCGAGAGAGCCACCAGGAUAGUUGAUCAAAGAGGCGUAAAGAAAAUUUCUGGUGAACCCAGCGGGCGUUCCAUUUUUCAGGUUGUCGGAGAAUCCCGAAAGAAGGAAGAAUAUUUAUGCUUCCCUGAACAUUACUGUGCUUGCUAUUCAUUCUUCUAUGACAUAGUGAACAGGGGAGAACAGCUUUGUUGUAAGCAUCAGCUGGCUGCAAGACUGGCUUCCUCAGUCGGAACAUACACUCAUGCCAGAAUACCCGAUGAGGAACUUGCUCUUUUGCUCUCUAGACUCUGA